ACAACACGAUUAUUAUUAUUAUUAUUACUGCUGUUUUAUUUCACUACUGCUGAUAAUAACAACAAUAUUAAUUCAUUCAUUAUUAUAACUGACGACUGUUCAUAUAACUUUAGUAAAACUAAAUCAUUUCAGUCAAACUAAAAUCCUGUUUAUUAUUCAUUUAUUAUUUGAAAACUUCAUCCUCAUCCUCACAGACUACGUCACCAUGGAAACGACCUCUCAGCUCCGACGGUUUUAUUCCCCUUUUCCUUCAGCUUUAAGGUGGAUUCAGGUUUGUUUGGGUGGAAUCAGGUGGAAUGUAGUCAGACCUGUCAUUCAGUCACAUGACCUCCUCUCAUUGGACGCCGGCAUGAAGCUCCCUGAACACACCUGAGAGUCCUCAGAGUUUCAGUCUCACAGCUGUUACUGGACCAGAGGAAACGUUGGAGAACAAGGAGAGCGAUGGGUCAGUCUGGCUCCUCCGCCUGUCCUCAGGUGAUCCUCAUGGGUCUGGACUCUGCUGGAAAGUCCACCCUUCUGGCCAGAAUGCUGACAGGACAGGUGGUGACGACGUCUCCGACCAUCGGCUUCAACGUGGGGACUCUGAACCUGGACAAAAAGACGUCUCUGACUGUGUGGGACGUUGGAGGACAGAAGAGCAUGAGACCGAACUGGAGGUACUACCUGGACGACUGCAAGGCCCUGGUCUUCGUGGUGGACAGCAGCGACCGUGAGCGAAUGCCGGAGGCCCAGAAGGUCCUGAAGAAGGUCCUGGGAGAGGAGAAGCUACGAGGAGUUCCUCUCAUGGUCCUGGCCAACAAGAAGGACGUCGCCAAGUCCAUGACGAUACGAGAGGUUUCCACCCAGCUGGACCUCCCCAGCUACAAGGACAGACUGUGGGAGAUCCAGGCCUGCAGUGGUCUGGAGGGUCUGGGUCUGCACCAGGCCUUCAUGUCGGUCAACAAACUCAUCAAGAGGAGCUGAAGUUCCAGCGUCUUUAUUAUGAAUAAAUGUGAAACAAAGAGA